AUGGAGUCAUACACUGCCACCCACCAUACGACCACUUCCGUGGCGAUAUCAAUAGCAUGUUCGGUGAUUGUCGCAGCCUUUUCGAUACCUGCUCUGUCGCAGUACAUCUCGCGGCUUCGGGCAGGGAAGGGCCAGUACCAGAGCAUAUCGGACCACUAUGAGGACGAAGAUGGCGCGGCCACCGCAGAGUCUGAAGAGGCAUAUUCCGAUUUUGUUCCACGUCUGUUGCUAAUUCUAAUUUCUACUGUCGCUUCACUUGACGCUUUGGCUACUGCUGUCUUGACCACCACUCGCCCUCGUCUGUUGCUCACAUUCGAACAGUGGCUUCAGUUUGCGACUUGGUUGCUCGUGCUAUUCCAAGCAAUCGCCAUCUUCGUCACGCCAUCUUCCGUGCAGCGCUACAACCUAGGGAUUCUGUCGGGUGCAUCGGCCUUGUUCAUCGUGGUGGCGGUGGCCGUGGAGAACAUAUCGCUGUGGCAGUCGGGACUCAAUCCUCUGCCACGAAAUGCCCAUCUAACCCUCUCAAUCGUCCAACUCACUUGUGGUUUUCUACUCGUCUUUGUUAGCCUCUCAAUUCCCCGUCGGCCUGAUGUCUAUUGGAAUGGAAGACCCGUCGAUCGGGAGAAUACUGUUUCCGUCCUCGGGAAAUUUACUUUUUCGUGGCCUACCCCGAUCCUCGCCUUUGCGGCCAAGAACAAAGGUCUUGACUACGACGACCUGCCUGAGAUAAGCCAUGAAGUGCGCUCCCGAGGGUUGAGACAGCGUUUUCAGACCGUGGGAAGAAAGGACAAGCUAUGGAAAGCCCUAUUCUGGUCCCACAAAUGGGGCUUUAUCCAACAGUGGACUUUUCAAGCUCUCUGCUCCGUCAUCAACUUCCUCCCGCAAGUUGCUCUGUACUUGAUCUUGCUCACGCUGGAAGCUCGGGACCAAGGAGAAACCGUAACUCUCAGAUCGUGGCUACUGGUCAUCGGUCUCGGCGCAUCUAUCACGUUAUCAUCAUGGCUCGAGGCUUGGAUGUUCUUUGUGAUCUUCAUGAAAGUCGGCAUCCCCAUCUAUGAACAGUUGUCGGCGGUUGUCUUUAGCAAGGCAAUCAAACGAAAAGACGUCAAAGGUACGGGCAAAAAGGACGACGAGGCGGUUGUCGACGGGGCGGCCGUGGUGAACGAAAAUAUCGCUCAAAAGGCGGACGACCAGAUGCCUCUAGGUGAUGAGGACGAGGAUUUCCAAAAGUCCAGACAGAGCACGAUCAACUUGAUCGGCGUCGAUGCGAAGAGAAUCGCAGAUUUUGCCACCUUCAACUACAUCUUCCUAGGUUCUGUGGUGAAACUGGCCUUCGCCUUUGGAUUUCUAUUGAAGUUAAUUGGUCCGAUUCCGCUUCUUGCAGGACUGGCCGCUCCAGUUCUGAUUAUGCCAAUCAAUAUCAUCGCUGCUCGUCGUUAUGCAACUGCCCAGGAUGACCUCAUGAAGCACCGAGAUCAGAAGAUGGCGGUAGUGACAGAAGCGCUUCAAGGAAUUCGGCAAAUCAAGUUUACUGCUCUUGAAAGAAACUGGUACGAAAAGAUACUCGAAAGCAGAAGAAGAGAGUUGAAGACGCAGUGGGAGGUGUUCAUUUACGACACUACCCUGAUCAGCAUCUGGAUUUUUGGACCUGUGAUGCUCUCGGCUAUCUCGCUGACAACUUACGCUUUGAUCAACAAGGAGUUAACGGCGUCCGUCGCCUUUACAACGAUUUCAAUCUACGAGGCAAUCGAGAUGACUCUGGCGAUCAUUCCGGAGAUGUUGACGGACCUUCUAGACGCCAUUGUGUCCGCGAAACGAGUCCAAGACUAUCUUGAUGCACCUGAACGUACAGAGAGCACCAAACCUGGCGAAACAGUCGCAUUUAGGAAUGCUACAAUUGCGUGGCCCUCCGACGACCCGGAGCACGAAGCGGACCAAUUCACUCUACGUGAUCUGAACCUUGAGUUUCCAAAAAAUGAAUUGAGUGUUAUAUCUGGCCGAACGGGAUCUGGCAAGAGUUUGCUCCUUUCCUCCAUUAUCGGUGAGGCCGACGUCCUCCACGGUGAAAUCUUGGUCCCAAAGGCACCAGCCGCAUCUGAACGGCACGAUGCUUUUGCAAACAAGAGUAACUGGAUCAUCCCAUCUUCAAUUGCCUACGUGGCUCAGAUUCCCUGGAUCGAAAAUGCCACCAUUCGAGACAAUAUUUUGUUUGGUCUGCCACUCGAUGUUGAUCGAUAUCGGAAAGUUAUGCGUGUAUGUGCUCUCACGAAAGAUAUGGAGAUGCUCCAAGACGGCGAGCUCACCGAUAUUGGCGCCAAUGGCAUCAAUCUGAGCGGUGGCCAAAAAUGGCGGGUGUCGUUUGCACGGGCAUUAUAUUCCAGAGCUGGAAUCUUGAUCCUUGACGAUAUAUUCUCCGCAGUCGACGCCCAUGUUGGGCGACACCUAUUCGAGGAGGCAUUAACAGGAGACCUCGGGCAAGGCCGGACGAGGAUUCUGGUCACCCAUCAUGUCGCUCUGUGUCUUCCGAAAACAAGCUAUAGCGUUCUGUUGUCGAACGGCCGUGUUGAAGAAGCGGGCAAAACCGAAGAAUUGAGCCACACUGGGAAGUUAGAAUCUAUACUUGCGCAAGACGUGGUAGAACAAGAGAAAGAGGACGACGAAGCCGAGAGAGACCAAGCCCUGGCCAUCGACGAUGGCGGAGGCCUCCAAAGACUGCUCAGCAGUCAGUCACAACGGUCGCGGAGGAAGUCAGUCCUCAGCGACGCCAGUGACGAAAUCACACGCCGGCCAUCUCGAGUUGGAUUCAAUGAUUCCGAGCAGCUCAAUGCUCCCAAAAAGUUUUCCGAAGAAGAAAAGCGAGAGACGGGCGCCAUCAGAUACCAGAUCUAUGCAGCUUAUAUCCGGGCGUGUGGCGGCUUCACCUACUGGUUCUUCAUCUUGGUCAUCUUCGGCUCCUGGGUGGCUGUCUAUCUGGCCCGCUCAUACUGGAUCAGCAUUUGGACACGGUCAUAUCGGACGGAAUCAUUGUUUCACAGUCGACUAAUGCAACAAUCCAUCGGUGCCUGGCGCUACGUUCAUUCCCACUUGGAAGCCACAGAGAUCGACCCCGAUCUGCUUUAUUAUCUAGGCGUGUAUCUCGGAAUCUCCCUCUUAGCCUGGGCAGUCGGGACGGUCCGGUACUUUUUUGUCUAUCUUGCCUCGAUACGGGCUUCAAAGGUGCUCUUUGAGAAGCUCGCGUUCGCGGUCCUUCGUGCGCCGCUGCGGUGGUUGGACACAGUCCCCCUCGGCCGAAUACUUAACCGCUUCACCUCGGACUUCAAUAUGCUCGACUCGCGCAUCUCAAAUGACCUGGGCUUCAUGUUACACAACAUGAUGCACGUCCUGUCCGUUGUGAUCGCUGGUGUCUUCGUCUCCCCUUAUAUGAUUGUUUUCGCCAUCGCCCUACUUGUCGUCUCGAUGUACUUCGCUAUUCGGUACCUGUCAGGGGCUAGAGAAGUGAAGCGACUGGAAAGCAAUGCUAAAUCACCCGUGUUCGAGCAAUUUGGCUCCGUCCUCGUGGGCAUUGGCACAAUCCGCGCCUUUGACAAGGCCGACGCAUACCUGGACAGGAUGUUCAAACGCAUUGACAAACACUGUCAGGCAUACUGGCACCUCUGGCUAUUCAACCGCUGGAUGGGUUGGCGCUUGAACAUGGUAGGCGCCCUGUUUGCAGCAAUCACUGCGGCAUUGAUCGUGAGUAUCACUUCCAUUGAUUCCUCUCUCGCCGGGUUCGCAUUGAGCUUUGCUCUCGGGUUGUCAGAAGGCGUCAUCUGGGCUCUCCGGCAAUACGCGAACGUCGAACUCGACAUGAAUGCCACAGAGCGAAUUGUCGAGUACAGCAACAUCACGAUCGAGAACCAGGGUGGACUCGACGUCCCUGCAGCCUGGCCCACAGAAGGCAACCUCGACGUUCAUGACCUGGUCGUGACCUACGCUCCCGGUUUGCCGCCUGUGCUGAAAGGAGUGACCUUCAGUGUGUCACGCAACCAGCGUGUCGGCGUCGUCGGCCGUACUGGCGCAGGCAAAUCGUCACUGACGCUCGCGUUAUUCCGCUUUCUCGAAGCCCAGUCGGGCAGCAUCGUCAUCGACGGCAUUGACAUUUCGACAAUCAAGCUCUUCGACCUGCGUUCACGCCUGGCCAUCAUCCCGCAAGACCCUGUUUUGUUCUCGGGGACUGUACGCAGCAAUCUCGACGCCUUCAACGAGCACUCGGACACGGAGCUGCGGGAGGCCCUGGCGAGAGUCCACUUGAUCUCGUCAUCAACCACCAACACGUCGUCGGUUGCGCCAAGCGGCAGUGCCACGCCAGUUCCUGGGUCCAUGUCCAACAACGAAGUAGAAGGUGGCCAUUUGAACCAAAACGAAAACAAGAACAUAUUCCAGUCCUUGUCAUCGAAAAUCUCCGAAGGUGGCUUGAAUUUAUCGCAGGGUCAGCGCCAGCUGCUUUGUCUGGCACGCGCCAUCGUGUCGCGCCCGAAAAUCAUGGUCCUCGACGAAGCCACCAGCGCCGUCGACAUGGAGACGGACACGCUCAUCCAGCGUAGCAUCCGCGAGGAAUUCACCGACAGCACACUGCUUGUCAUCGCACACCGGCUUAGCACGAUUGCGGAUUUCGACCUCAUCUUAGUCUUGGGCGAGGGCAAGGUUGUCGAGUUCGAUACGCCUGCCAAUUUGAUGCUCAAGCAAGGUGGCGUCUUCAGAGACAUGGUCGAGACCUCCGGGGAGAGGGCGGAGCUCGAGAAAAUCAUCAACCAUGGCAGUGCUGAGAGUGUAGCGGCAUGA